CCUCCCUCCUCGUACAGAGAGCAACAGGUCUAAAUCUCUGCACAGUUGUACAAAGCUUGUGGUUGUUGAAAAUAAGGGCCUGAAACAUUGACUGAAUAAUUUUAUUUCAUACAUUACAUUUCUAUAAAGUGGGGAAGGAUGUUUCGGACAGCAGUAGAGCAUGCUAAGAGGCACCCUGGCCUCAUCCCCCAGUUCUUCUUCAUCUGUUUGGGAAUGGGCGGGGCAUCUCUGUAUCUGAUCAGGUUGGCCAAAGGACCCCAUGUCACCUGGAACAAGACCAAUAACCCUGAGCCAUGGAAUAAUCUUGACCCCACAUACCAAUAUAAGUUUGUGGCCAUCAGCACAGACUACAAAAACCUGAAGAAGGACGGACCUGAGUUCUGAAUUUCUCCCCGGCCACCUCUCACAAACCAGAAUGGAAAAACAACAACAAAUCCUGACCUAGGAUCAGAUUCACUACCCCUCCCUCAUUUGACAUCCUCACUGCAGGUGGAAGGUGCAGUGGCUCCUGGAUCCAGAUCUCUAACCCUUUGGUGUCUCUGUGUCUGCAUGUUUGGUGUUUGCAACGUAGCUCAUGAUCUGGUCAAUGUUUGUCAGUGACUGAAUCCUGAAUGCAUGUAUGAAUAUGGCAAAAUAAAAUAUGUAGUAUUUUGACAUACUUUAUUCAGGAGAGAUAUGACACACAUAUGCACACAUGCUUAUAUGCUUAUGUCUUAACUUUCCUGGUCUCUUUCACUUGUAUAUUCAUGAACUGAGGAGUAAGCAACAAGAUUUAGUAACAUUUUGCUAUUUUUUAAAGCACCAGACCAGUGGUAUUGCAUUUUUUAGCCAAUGCAAUAAAAAUUAAUUAAUAUUAAACAUCAUAUCUAACAGUUUUAUUAACCAUUGUGCUGAGUUUUAGAAAUUUCAGUGCAUUAUUUUGAAUGUUUCAGGCAUUUGUUGGGUUUUAUUCACUUCUGUACAAUAUGAAAAUCCAUUAUAAGACUUCCAAAACCUGCAGUGGAUUAUGCAAAUAAACUUCAGGAGUGUGCCAAUUGAUUUUUGUAUUGUGCAGAAAUAAAUGGAGAUGAAUAGAUGCCUUGAACAGAGCAAAAAAUACACACAAAAAUCUAAAACUGUAGAAUGCAUUCAAAAAUGGUCAUACAUAUAUAUAAUUUGUAGUGUAUUGUGCACUCUGGUGUGCUUUAUUUUCACUGUCUGAGGGUUGAAAUCUACAGUGUCUUCUUCUGUGUGAAACUUUAACUAUACGUUAUAUAAAAGCUAAUUUGUGACUUGACUGCAGGUGUUGCUUUAUAGCUGGCACAUGAUUGUAGGUUUAGCAGCCCCUAAAUUCAGCAAUCAGUGUGCAAGUUAUGAAAAAAGGCAGAGAUGUAUAAAAUAAAUAAACUGUCUGAGUCA